AUGGUGUUUACCUUCAAGAGUUCAACGCCUGGCUACGAACUUUAUAUGGGCCGAGACAAGUUCGAAAACGAAGAUUUAAUUACUUACGCUUUUCCAGAAGAUGUUUGGUUUCAUGUCAGUGAGCUCUCGAGCGCCCACGUCUACGUCCGCAUGCCGUUUGGCCAAACAAACUUCGAAGAACUGCCGGCGCAGGUGGUGGCGGAGGCGUGUCAGUUGACGAAGCAGAACUCGAUCGAGGGCUGCAAGCAGUCGGAAGUGAAGAUCGUGUACACCCCCGCGGCGAACUUGAAGAAAACUGCAAACAUGGAAACUGGACAAGUGGGAUUUAAGCAGCAAAGUUUGGUGAAGGAAGUGCAGGGAGUGAAGAAGGAGAAGGAGCUGCUGAAGGCGCUGGAGAAGACCCGCGCGGCGCCCGCCGUGGACUUGGCCGCGCAGCGACUCGCACGCGACCGCCGCGAGCGCAGCGAGCGCAAGGCCCGGCUGCAGCAGCAGCAGCAGCAGCAGCAGCAGCAGAUAAAAGAAAGACAGGCCCGCAGGGAACUCCAGACUUUCCAGGCCCUGCAGCAGCUCAAGCCCCCCGAACAGUACAGGGGAGACGGAUCCAUUGGCAGCUGCAGAGAGAUCGAAGAAGACUUCCUGUAG